GUUGAUCAUUAACAGGCAGCUCCAAUUUAUUUUUCUCAGUGAUGCUGUCAGGCAGCACUUCACUUCCUUCUAGGAGACAGUGAUUAUCUAUCUGCCUAACGGCAACAUACACCCCUGCUACAGAGUUUAAUCCUGAUCAGACUGAAGCUCCACUGGGUCAGGGUCGCCUGUACGGUGAUCAAGAUAUUUGCUGUGCACACCUGAGCAGUCAACAUCAACACAUAUGAGCUGCCAAAAGGAAUUCGUGCAGGCAUGUCCAUCUUCAAACAGACGAGACUGGCACUGCCCAGUCUGCCUGCAGGCGGCCAGAUUCCCAGUCCAGACAAACUGUGGCCAUUUGUUCUGUGCUCCCUGUCUGAUCACCUACUGGAGACACGGAUCAUGGUUAGACGCAAUCAGCUGUCCUCUAUGCAGACAGAAGGUCAGCGUGCUCUGCCACCUGUUUAAUGAGAGCCGAUCAGACCAGCAGUCGAAGGAAGUUCUUGGCGAAAUCACAGCCUACAACAAACGUUAUUCUGGAGCCCCACGGAGGCUAACGGACUACCUCUGUGACGCCCCCCUGCUUCUGCGGUUACUGGUUCGUGGCCUGGGUACCAUUGGAGGACUCGUGUGGCUGUUUCUUUUCAGGGUGGCCCUGUGCUGCGUGGGGACCGUGAUGUCCAUCUCCUCCUCUCCUCUGGAUGCUUCAUCAAGUAACCUGGAAACAGACUCCUCCCUCUGCGGACUGCUAGAAGUCUUGGACGACCUGGUGGUGGUCAUCCUACUCCUUAUCUGCGUUAUCAAUAUCAACCAGCAAAUAACACCAGAAAGAGGACACCCUGCAAAUGCGGCAACCUCACAGGGAGUGAUGGGAGAUUCACUUUAGAGAGCACGAGCAGCUGGAGCGUGGCAGCACAAGCUGUCAGACAUGGACUUCUAU